UGCAGCGCCCCCUCAGCCAGGGUUUGCUGUCGACCCUCCAGCCCCCGGAGAGGCCGGCUACUACAUGCCUGGAGAGCAGCACCCCCAGGUGGAGAACUCAGGAGAGGAGGGGCUGCCGGCAGACGGAAGCUGUCUGGUGGAAUCGGCGUUUGAUGACAAAACCGUCCGCAGGGCCUUCGUCAGGAAGGUGUUCAGCGUGGUGACCCUGCAGCUGCUGGUCACCUUCAGCGUGGUGUGUGUGUUCACCUUCUCGGCCGCGGUCAGGGAGGCGGUGCAGAAAAACAUCUGGGUGUACCUCAGCUCCUACAUCAUCUUUGCUGUGGUGUCCAUCUGCCUGAGCUUCUCCAGCUCCUUCAGCAGAGCCCACCCCUGGAACCUGCUGGGGCUGGCGGUGGUGACUCUCAGUCUGUCCUACAUGGUGGGCACGGUGGCCUCCUACCACAACACCACCGCUGUGGUCAUCGCCAUGGCCUCCACAAUGGUCAUCUCCUUCACCAUCAUCAUCUUCUCAGCCCAGACCCGUGUGGAUUUCACUGUGUGCAACGGAGUUCUGCUGGUGCUGUCUGUGGAUCUGCUGAUGUUCGGCUUCUUCUGCUGCUUCUUCUACUCCAGUGUUCUGCAGAUCGUCUAUGGAUGUCUGGGAGCCCUCCUCUACUCAGUGUUCCUGGCAGUGGACUGUCAGCUGGUGAUGGGUCGCCAGAAGUACGCUCUGAGUCCGGAGGAGUAUGUGUUUGCUGCCCUCAUCCUGUACCUGGACAUCAUCACCAUCUUCCUCUACCUGCUCAUCCUGCUGGGGGGCAGCUCCAGCAACUAGUACACACACACACUCACACUCACACGCACACUCACACGCACAUGCACACUCACACGCACAU